UUGCUCAGCAGUUCCCACUUGCCCUGGAGGCUAACGGGACGCUUCUCGGCGUGCCCUCUAGUUACACUUUCUGCAGCCUCAGGGCAACGCGAAGGUGGUGGGCGAGCCCGGGGAAAAAAUAUGCUAUAAGCUUGGGGGGCCCUCCUUACUUCUCUCCAGCCAUGUGGUGCUUGCACUGUAACUCGGAGAGGACUCAGUCAUUGCUGGAGCUGGAGCUUGACAGCUGUGUUGAGGGUGAAGCUCCUGGAAGUGAAACUGGCACAUCCCUAGAUAGUCCAUCUACUUAUCAUCAAGGAACUAUAACUCACAGUUCAGCUCUAAGUCCAGAUCAUUAUGACCAUUCUCCAUAUGGUCUAUACUCUGUCUCCCCUGGACAGCAGAGGCCCCGGCGGCCAAAGCUUCAGCACUCAACGUCAAUAUUAAGGAAACAAGCAGAAGAAGAAGCUAUUAAAAGGUCACGAUCCCUUUCAGAAAGCUAUGAACUCUCAUCUGACUUGCAGGAUAAACAGGUUGAAAUGCUAGAACGAAAAUAUGGAGGCCGUCUCAUAACUAGACAUGCUGCUCGUACUAUACAGACUGCUUUCCGCCAGUAUCAGAUGAACAAAAACUUUGAGCGGCUUAGAAGUUCUAUGUCUGAAAAUCGUAUGUCAAGACGCAUUGUACUAUCCAAUAUGAGAAUGCAGUUUUCAUUUGAAGGACCUGAGAAAGUUCACAGUUCCUACUUCGAGGGGAAGCAAGUUUCUGUUACAAACGAUGGAUCAAAAAUAGGAGGCCUUGUCCAGUCUGGAUGUAAUGAUCUUGGUGAAUCAGCUACAAUGAAAUCUCCAGCAGCUUCCACAGACUUUGCUGAUGCCAUAACAGAAUUGGAGGAUGCCUUUUCAAGACAAGUAAAAUCUCUUGCAGAAUCCAUUGAUGAUGCAUUAAAUUGUCGCAGUUUGCACUCUGAUGAGGUACAGAUACCUGACCAAGUCAGAAGUCGUGAAGUAGAGAGAGAGAGUUGUGGUCCAACUAAACCAACAAGCCAUAAUGUUGAUCAUAGGAAACUCGAUGAAAUGACUGCCUCCUAUAGUGAUGUUACAUUGUAUAUUGAUGAGGAAGAAUUAUCCCCACCACUUCCCCUUUCUCAUUCUGUAGAAAGACCAUCUAGCACAGAGUCUGACUUAAGACUUCGAUCAAUAAAUCCUUCUCAAGAAUACUGGUCUAUGACACAUAAAGAUCAUAAAAUAGACACUGACACAAGUUGUAGGAGUACCCCUUCAUUGGAAUCCCAAGAACAGAGAAUGAGGAUGGAUCAUCUUCCUUUGCUAACCAUAGAACCACCAAGUGACAGUUCAGUCGAUUUUAGUGACCGUUCUGAAAGAGGAUCGUUAAAGAGGCAAAAUGCGUAUGAUCGGGGAAUUAGUAGUCAGCAAGGUAGCCCAAAACACAUAUCACACGGUCUCCCUAGCAAAGUAAUAUCUCGAGAAGAUCAAGAAACUAGACAUAGACCAAGGCCUAUUGAUAGCCACUUGGCUAUUAAUGGUACAGCAAACAGGCAAAGCAAAUCUGAAUCUGAUUAUUCCGAUGGAGAUAAUGAUAGCAUCAAUAGCACUUCCAAUUCUAAUGACACAAUAAACUGCAGUUCAGAAUCCUCUUCUCGAGACAGCUUAAGGGAACAAACUUUGAGCAAACAAACAUACCACAAAGAAACUCGUAAUAGCUGGGAUUCCCCUGCCUUCAGUAAUGAUAUCAUCAGGAAACGUCAUUACAGGAUUGGACUGAACCUUUUUAAUAAAAAACCUGAAAAAGGAAUCCAGUACCUGAUUGAGAGAGGCUUUGUGCCAGAUACGCCUGUUGGAGUUGCCCAUUUCCUUUUACAGAGAAAAGGACUCAGCAGACAAAUGAUUGGAGAGUUCCUGGGAAAUCGACAAAAGCAGUUUAACAGGGAUGUUUUAGACUGUGUUGUGGAUGAGAUGGACUUCUCAGCUAUGGAACUGGAUGAAGCUCUCAGGAAAUUUCAAGCUCAUAUCCGUGUCCAAGGAGAAGCUCAGAAAGUAGAACGACUCAUUGAAGCUUUCAGUCAGAGAUACUGCAUCUGCAAUCCGGGUGUUGUAAGGCAGUUCAGAAAUCCUGAUACCAUCUUCAUCCUCGCUUUUGCAAUCAUAUUAUUAAACACAGAUAUGUAUAGCCCAAAUGUAAAACCAGAACGUAAAAUGAAGCUUGAAGAUUUUGUCAAAAAUCUAAGAGGUGUAGAUGAUGGUGAAGAUAUCCCACGAGAGAUGCUCAUCGGGAUUUAUGAGAGAAUCCGAAAGCGAGAACUCAAGACAAACGAGGAUCAUGUGUCGCAGGUCCAAAAGGUGGAAAAACUCAUAGUAGGAAAGAAACCUAUUGGAUCUUUGCAUCAUGGGCUUGGUUGUGUUCUGUCUCUCCCACAUCGGCGACUUGUUUGUUACUGUAGACUCUUCGAAGUUCCAGAUCCAAAUAAACCUCAGAAGCUUGGAUUACACCAGCGAGAAAUAUUUUUAUUUAAUGAUCUCCUUGUGGUCACUAAAAUCUUUCAAAAGAAGAAAAAUUCAGUCACAUAUAGUUUUCGACAGUCCUUUACCCUCUAUGGAAUGCAAGUUCUCCUUUUUGAGAAUCAGUAUUAUCCAAAUGGCAUACGACUGACAUCAGCUGUUCCAGGAGCAGAUACAAAAGUUUUAAUAAAUUUCAAUGCUCCAAAUCCCCAGGACAGAAAGAAAUUUACAGAUGAUCUGAGGGAGUCUGUUGCAGAAGUACAAGAAAUGGAAAAACACAGAAUAGAGUCUGAAUUAGAAAAGCAGAAAGGUGUAGUGCGACCAAGCAUGUCUCAGUGCUCUAGCCUGAAAAAAGAGUCUGGCAAUGGGACGUUAAACCGGGCCUGCCUUGAUGACAGUUACGCCACUGGGGAAGGGCUUAAAAGGAGUGCUCUUAGCAGCUCCCUUAGAGAUCUUUCUGAAGCAGGCAAGCGUGGGCGUCGCAGCAGUGCAGGAUCGCUAGACAGCAAUAUGGAAGGGUCCAUCAUUAGCAGUCCUCAUAUGCGCCGAAGAGCUACAUCAACCCGAGAGUGUCCAUCUCGCCCUCACCAGACUAUGCCUAAUUCUUCCUCACUACUAGGGUCCUUAUUUGGUAGUAAACGAGGAAAGCCUUCCCAAGGCCAUUUAGCAUCCGGCCCACCACAGCCACCUCAGCACCCUCCCAUACUUUCACAUCAGCAGCACCCUCAGCAUCCUCCUGCCUUGCACCACACAGGUCCGGCUGAAGGGCAGACUCAGGCACAAGUGCACAGCCACCACUCUCAGUAUUGCCAUAUGCAGAACCCACCUCCUUAUCACCAUCACCAUCACUAUCAUCCGCCCCAGCAUAUCCAGCAUCCACACCAGUACCAUCACAUGCCGCAUUCACAGCACGUACCUCAUGCCCAGCAUUCUUACGUGCCACAUUCCCACUCCCAGUACUCUCAUGCUCCUCAUCCUCCCUUGCCCCCUCCUCACCUGGCGCAUUCUUCCCAUGUUUCACAUCAUCAUGCACAGCCAGCGCCCCCUCCUACUUCAGCCAGCACGAAGCCCAAGCAUAGUGGCAUCAGCACAGUAGUCUAGAAGCAAGCGACCCUGCCACAGCUGUAGCUCUAGACCUAGAUGUAAAGGCACUUACAGGAAACAGAAGCAGCCUAUAAGUCCGGUUAUUUUUUUAAUUUAUUUUAAAAAAUCCAAGCAACUUAAUUGACUCCUUUGCCUUAAGGAUUCAAUGGAUCAAUGCAUAUUAACCUCACAGUGCUGGUCUUACAGUUGAAUUCGGUGGUGACCUUUUCCCUCCUUUUUCUCUAGUAGCCUUGAAAAUAUGCUGCUUGCUGAAAACAUUAAGCUACCUUUUUUCAUCCGCAUGACAAUUUUUAACACAUAAUGAAAACAUAACCUACUCAAAAUAAAAGGAAAAAUAUGAAAUAGAACCAAAUGUGGCAUUCUUGCUCUUUAAUUUUCAAUGGGCAAAAAAAGUAGACCUCAUAUGGUUGAUGAAAAUACGUAAGUAAACUUUAUGUAAUAUAAAUAUAUAAAUAUAGACAUAUAGAUAGAUAUAGACACACACACACACAGACGUACACUGUAUAGCUAACAUUUAUGCUUAGAACGAAGCCUUUCAGUCCACAAAGCUAGCAAUAUAUACUUUACCAUAAUUUCCCUUACUGAUAAAGGGCAGUAAAAUAGAUGAAUAGUGAAUGGAAGUGUAGACCAAAAAACUAAGCAACAAAUUCCAGGCAUUUCAGUACUCUCAUUGAAAGUUCUCUGGACUUGAGAAAAAAAAAAUCUUUAAGCAAUCUUUGCAAAAUGUGCCAAAUAACAUAGCAUAUAUGCUUUGUAUUUUAUUAGUAUGGUAAUACACUUAUUCAGUAUUAUAAGUGCUCUGCUAUUUCAGGUAAGCAAACUAGUUAAGAUGCAGUAACUAUACAGUAGCAACAUGAGACAACCUUUACUACAGGUUUUCUCUACAUUUUGGUUUCUCCAGUUCUUAGACACUUUAAAGGCUGUGAUAACUGUGAACUUACAUAGUUUACAUUACUUUUGUAUUUGUGUAUGUUUUAAUAAAUACACAUGAAGAUUUACAUGGAAGGUAUUUACAUACGCUGCAUGAACAUUCAUCUCAGACCCUGAAAUAACCAACAUCCAUUCCUUUCAGCCGCAUUGCCUCUUUACCAUAAGAUACUCAGUUUUUAUCAAUAAAAGUAGACUGCAAGUUCAGACUUUUUUUUCCAUAUGAAAGCAAUCAGAAACUUGAAGGUUUAUUUUAGUAUUGAGUAUAGAUUUUUAUAACUGUAAUUCCAUGUAGCCAUGUGCUGGCAGCAGGACUUUCUCACCAUUUUUCUCAUCACAUUUGUUAGUUUUAUCCAGCACUCAGCAGGCUGAGUCUAUGCUCAAACUGUCAUAGUCCAGUUAGUCCAAGACAUCGUGUAAAAUCCAACUGUGCUGUUGUUGCUUAUGUGUUGUACUGAGUCAUUUGCAAGCCCAUAUGAUAUUUCUCUGUAAACCUAAAUCCUAUUUUUUAAAAAAAAUAAAAUCAUACAUGGAGCAUACUUUGUAGUUUCAGCAUUUUGAGCCACCUCAAUCACGACUUUACAUCUAAAAGACAGAAACAAAAGGAACUGCAGAGCUGUACCAGCAGAAUUGUGAAUGUUGAUUUAAAAGAAGAGGAGGAAAAAUGUUCCAGUGAGAGAUGGGUAAAGCCAAACAAAAACUGAUUAUUGCUUCUGAAAGAAGAUAAAAUGUAUGAAGAUAACUUGCCUGUAUUGGUGAUUUCUGAUCUCCAGUUUUGCUCUCCCACCUUCUAUAUAUGGAUUAUUCCAUGACUACCAGCAAAAAUAAGCUCAGUACUUUUGUUAACUUUCAUUCAGCAGAAACAACCACUUAGAGUCUGAUGUUUAAAUUUGAUUAUUAUUUCUUACGUAUACAAUAUACAGUACCUUUUCCUGGUCCUUGGUUUUCCCUCCAUCUAAUUUAACUUCAUAGGAAACGUUAAUAAAAAUAAUGCUGAUUAUCAUCCAAGCUGCCCUAAAUAGUGCAAAUUACCUAAGAGGGAACAUCACAGCCCAAGGAUCUCUUCACAUUUAAAUUUGGGUUUUGUUCUUCUAAGGAAUAAUACAACUGUAUGCAUGUCAUCUAAUGUUAGUAGUAUUGAGGCUACACUCUCCAUAAUGUAUAUUUGCAAAGUAUUUCAGUGUUACUGUUGAUAUUAGUUGAAGUAAAGUAUUAACAUAUUUAAAUAUGUAGGCUUUUCUUCAGACCUUUGUACCAAUAGUAGAGUUGAACUGUAACUUAUAAGUUGUUCCAGAAAAGAUAAGAUAGGGCAUUGUUUUCCUUUAUGUUUCUCAUUGUAAAACUUGCAUAUAUCAAACUCCCAGUAAUGGACUGGAUGGUCAUUAUUUUACAUUUCAAGCAUUAAUAUCUGUAUUAUCUAAUGAAUUUUUAAAAUAUACUAUCCAUCUCUUUAUACUCAUUGUUUUGAUAUUCCAGGACACCCAAUGAAAGAUUUUAGAUUUCUAGGUUCAUAUGCAUUUAGUAAGAUACACGUUAUGACUUUUACAAGUAUACAGAAAAAGUAAUCAGAAAUUUUGAUGAUUAGUAAAUAUCAAAAAUUAUUCAAUAGAUCCAUUAAAUCAAUAUGUUAUUGCAUAAAUAUCCAGUGCUAUUGCCAUUUAGAGAAACCAUCCAAGGAAGGGAAAUACCUUUAGGAUUAGAAGUAAAAAAAUCUAUUUCUCCUUGUUUUGGGAAACAAAAGUAAUCAUUAUUACCAACUAUAUUCUACUGGAGAAAAUAGCUUUAAUUUUAAAAAAGUAGUUACUGGAAAGUUUUCAUUAUGUUUUCCUUAUUGAUUUCCUUAUUGAUUAAAAAUCAGUACAAAGCACUGUUGAACCACAUCUCUUCCUUUCAGUGAAAACUAUAACUAGGUAAAGCAUCUAUCUGAAGAAAAUAAAAGAAAAACUAAUUGACCUUGUAAAAAAUAUCUUUUCUGGGACAACCAUCAAUUAUAUAUUUCUUUUAAGUUAAGAAUGAAAUGUAAAUCAAUGUAAAGAAAACCAAAGUUAUCCUAUUAUAAUGUAAAUGUCUUGUAUUGCUAAAAGUCUUAAAGCAUAACUUGUAGGAUGAUUUUCCCAUCAAGCACUGCAUGCAGCUGAAGCCUCUUGUUUCUUGAUUUUUAAAUGAGCUGAAAAGCAGUCAGCAACUGAACAAUGACACUCUACAUGUUGACUUGCUGUUUCUUAUACAGCUGUGCAUUUUCUGCAAUUAAGCAUGAGUUUCGCUGUUUCCAUUGUAAAAUAUCAUCACAUCUUGCCUGCAAAAAAGGUAAUUGUGUACAUAGUUCAAAGAAAAAAUGACCAAUAAUAAGAUACAAUUUUGAGGGAGGGAAAAAGGUAGUGGAAACAGGACCAAGUAGGAGGAAUAAUUAAUUCUCUAAAUUGUAUAUAGUGUGUAAAUUAGUAUUAAUAUAAGUCUGCAGUCACUUUUCAGGUUACAUACAGUACCUGUCUCCUGCUAGGAACUAAAUCCCAGCUUUGAGUUGUAUUAAACUGUUAGAAUUAGGUUGAACGCAGACUGUUACAAGACUUCAAGGAACAUCAUGCUCAUGAGAAGCUUCUUAAUGGGAGAUUCAAGAUUCAUUUUGUAACUGUUGGAAAGGAAGGAGUGCUUUCAUUUUAAUAUGCAUUUGUUUGUAGGUAGUAUCAGACUUUAUUGUUGUUAAACUAUAACUGUGAUUAUGUGGGAAAUCAAAUAAAUCACUUUGAACUCA